GACUACUAAACGUUCCGGUUGCCCUGGUGACGGAUCCUCCACUCCCGGCCAGGGUUCCAGAGGCUUCAAUCAAGCCUCUCCCUUAUUCGGCCCUGGACCGCCUCGUCCCUUCCCCUCCCCCCCUUCCUCCCGACCAGAACUCCUUCACGAAUUUCUGCAGGUGUCCAAGUCCCUUCCCCAAGCUGUAACUUGCAGGCAAGGCCUCAGCAAACAGUGCCUGCUGCCAGGGCUAGUCCACAACCAAGCCUUCUCUCCCCCGGGGCAAACACUUCCCCGUCCCGCUUCAGACAAGAUCCUAACCUUAAGGACUUGUAAGACAAAGCCUAGAGAUGGAAGCAGACAAGAUCACAGAAGAGCCUCAUACCGCCCUGGAUGCAGAAGAGAGCCUUUCUUCGAAGGACCCCUCUCCUGAGGACACACAGGAGCCCCCCAUCCCUGAAAGCCCCUUAGAGCCCACCCUCUCUGAAGCCCUGUUAGAGUCCCUUGCCUCUGAAUCUCCUGUGUUGCCCUCCACUUCCCAGACCCCUUUAGACAUCCACACCUCUGAAACCCCUGUAGAGCCUUCCACCUCCACCGCCCCUUUAGAACACUCUGCCUCUGAGGUCCCUUUGGAGACCCUUACCCCUGAGACCCAGUUGGAAACCCACACCCCCAAGGUCCUAGAUCAACCACUUGCUUUUCAGACUUCGUCACUAAGCCAUGCCCCUGGGUAUCCCUCUGAUAAUCCAAAGGAAGAUUUCUCUGAGUCUUCCUCCAGCGAGGGUUCAUGGGUAAAGAGGCCCAUCCACACCUCUGAAUUCGAAGGCUCUCCAUCCCAGGUCCACCUGGACACAUUUACAAAAGUGAAGGAAGAGGAAGAAGAGGGCGAGAGAGAGAUGGAUGCCACUACCAGUAACACUUAUGCAGCUCAGCCUGUACACCAGCUGGGCAAGAAGAAGGGGAAGAAAGGAGUCAGCCGUUACACCAUCCACCCAGUGGUCCCUGCUAAGCAGGCAGACCUGGUGGACGUGGCUAAGGCGAUGCACAGAGAGAAGUUUGGUUCACAAGUGAAUUAUCUUUUCCAGUGGGAGAAGGAUGCAGCCCUGAAUGCCAUCCAAACAGACACUUCAAGGAAACCAAGCAAAGGUCUCUAUAUUGGCUGGCGCUGCCCCCAUUAUCUAUGGGACUGUUUCCGGAUUGGGGAUGAGUCCAAGUGCUUUUGUGGACACUUGCUGAGAGAGCACCAGAUCAUCUCAGACAUAUCCGUGCCCUGCAACGUGGGCCAGUGCCACUGCCUCAUGUUCUGCUUCAUCCCGUCACGCCCAGAGGAGGUGGGUGAGUUCUGGCUCAAGAGACGGGCCACUUUUGACCCCAAGGCUUGGAGGGCCCAAUGUCGCUGCAAACACAGCCAUGAAGACCACACAGCUACUGGGUCCCAUUCCUGCAGGGUCAAAGGCUGUUGCUGCAGCUGCUUUGAGUCUAAUUUCCUCUGUGCGGCCUGUGACCGGCGCUGGGAGGAACACGAGACGUUCUUUGAGACUGAGGAGACCCGGCGGCGAGGAGGGAGGCCACAUGGAGCAGACUAUGUGCCUUUUGCAGAGAUGCCUACCCUCCGAGAAGCUGUCAUCAACAACUCUGACUUCGAGGCCCUCCAGAAGCAGGGGCUUUCUGGCCAUCCCAGCUCUCACCCUAGUCCCCCAGGGCUCCCUAGCCCACGCGACGUCCAGCCUAGCCCUCCAUCUAAGCCCCGUAGCUGACCUUUUCACCUCUGCUCUUCCCUCCUCCAGGGACAGACACUGUCAACACCUGGCGCAGGCCUCUGUGAGCCUGGCCCAGAUCAGCAAUAAAGAGAAAACCACUGGAA